AUGUCUGCGCCUGGCGGCGGUGCCCCCAGUCCUGCGCCGCGCAGUGGCAGCAUUGGUCCCAAUGCCUCCAUGCAAGUGCCUCCUCAGCAGCCUUUGGCUGCAAAUCCACCAGUGGUUCAUACACCAACGACUCCUGGUCCAUCGACUCCUCAUGCGCCUGUGUCCCAACAGAAUCUUAAUCAAAUUGUCAUCGAUUAUCUUGCCAAAAAGGGCUACACAAGAACCGAGGCAAUGCUUCGCAUGGAAUCUGCCAGUCAGGAAAUAGAUGGCAGGUCUUUGCCCCAGCUUAAUGAAAAUCAACGACCAAAGUAUAGAAAUGGCUUCGAUCUCCUCAAGAAUUGGAUUGAAGACAACCUUGAUCUAUACAAGAAAAUAAGUCUGCCGGAGCACGUUCAGGAUAACGCCACGGCAAAGGUAUACAAAGGCAACAAAUAUCGGGUUAUUCUCAGCAAUCCUGCAUUCGCCAAUUUGAUGCAGUUUCUAGAAAACAAAUCCAAGGAAGGAGGCUCUGUCAUGUCUGCGAUCCUUAGUAGCUAUUGCAACAUCAUCACCAAGGACCGAGCAGCCGAUGAGCGCUUCAGUUUUGCUGCCAUGCUAGGUCGUGCUGACCAAACGAGUACUUUUCCCGCAGAAGACGAGGGCAUACCAGGCCACCACCCCGGUUCAGCUUACACAGGUGAUAACCCUGCCAUGACCGGGACCCUGCCUAAAUUAAAGCUUGGGAAAAUGGCCCCUGAACCAGAGUUAGAAAGCGAUGUUCGUGCCGAGCUCGAAGAACAUGACUCAAAGAAUCCUCCUCCACCUGGUCGCGGCACUCUCGUUGAAGAGUAUGAUCAGAUGAUCAAGGAGGAGGAGGAAGAGGAUGCUCCUACACGUGCUGAGAUUGCCUUUCCACCGUCGACAGCUCGUGACGUUGCCAUGGAAGUACAGCGGGUUAAGGAAAAUCGGGAUCGUUUCCGAAUCGAAGGUCGUUCAGGUGGCGUUGGUGUUGCAUGCUCUGUGUGUCUGUUCACAUUCCACAAUACUUACGAUCGGAUGAUCUGUACUGAUUUCUCCGACGACAAUAUGUUGGUUGCUGCUGGGUUCGAGGAUUCGUAUAUUCGCGUUUGGAGCCUUGACGGCAAAGCCAUAAAAGCUACACAUGAAGGCGUGGAGGAACACACUAGCACGCCUUCGAACUCGAAACGUUUAUUUGGCCACUCUGGUCCAGUAUAUGCUGUCAAAUUUGCUCCUUCAGCACAGCGUUCGGAGAAUGAAAUGGCUCCAACAAAUGCUCGAUGGCUACUUUCUUCAUCAGCAGACAAAACCAUCAGGCUCUGGUCACUAGACUUGUGGCAAUGUAUGGUAAUCUACAAGGGACAUGACCAACCAGUCUGGGAUUUGAGCUGGGGUCCUUUUGGCUAUUAUUUUGUGUCUGGGGGACACGACAAGACCGCUCGACUAUGGGCAACUGACCGAAUCCGUCAACAACGUAUCUUUGCAGGUCAUGAUCAAGAUGUUGAUUGCGUCUGUUUCCAUCCCAACUCGGCGUACGUCUUCACCGGAAGUUCUGACCGUACAGUUCUGCGUAUGUUCACAGGCCAUACAGGCAAUAUUACUGCUAUUGCAUGUAGUCGGAAUGGAAAACUUCUUGCGUCUGCUGACGAUCAUGGCUCUAUCUUCCUCUGGGACUUGGCGCCUGGCCGCCUGUUGAAGCGUAUGCGUGGACAUGGCAAGGGUGGCAUUUGGUCUUUGGACUGGAGUGUGGAGUCGACUAUCCUUGUAUCAUCAGGCGCAGACAAUACUGUGCGUGUAUGGGAUAUUGCGCCUCCAGCGCCUGAACCAAGUACGAACCAAGCGCGGCUGGCGGCUGAAAAUGGGGUUGGAGCAAAACUAGAUGCGAACACGACCGCCUCUGGUACGCAGGCUUCGACUUCCGUGGGACCUGGAGGUAGCAAGAAGAAGGGCAAGGAGAACGUGGUGACUCCAGACCAAAUCAGCGCUUUCCCCACGAAGAAAAGCCCCGUAUACAAGGUCAAGUUCACGAACAUGAACCUGAUUGUUGCUGGAGGCGCUUAUCUGCCAUGA